GUGCGCAGGCGCAGAGGUAUGUUAUGACCCGUGUUUCGUAAGGUGGUUCGUUGUGUAAAGCAGGAUGGUGUCCACCUCUGCCUAGCUUUUAAAGUUAAUCUGACUGUUCCUGAUGCAGACCCCCUGCUGAUGAAGAAGUGAGCUGACGUCAACGAUGUUCCCCGCCGGCAGAUACUGGUUUCAUGCAGGGCGAUGUGUACGGGCCCUGAGAAGAUGCCCCCGUCUGGACCCCGGGGCCCUUGGAGUCCGGCCCACCGCCCGCCGCUGGGCCAGCAGCGACGCCCCCAAGAUCACCACCCACUACAGCAUCCACCCCCGGGACCAGGACCCCCGCUGGGAGGGGACGGAGAUGGAGCGCUUCGCGGACCAGGCAGACGUGGUGGUGGUGGGGGCGGGGCCCGCCGGCCUGUCCGCCGCCAUCCGGCUGAAGCAGCUGGCGCUGGCUGAGGAGCGGGAGGUGCGGGUGUGCGUGGUGGAGAAGGCGUCUCAGAUCGGAGCCCACACCCUCUCAGGGGCCUGUCUGGAGCCCAGCGCCCUCAACGAGCUGCUGCCCGACUGGAAGGAGAGAGGGGCCCCCCUCCACACUCCAGUAACUGAGGAUAUUUUCAGCAUCCUGACAGAGAAGCACAGGAUUCCGGUCCCCAUGUUGCCAGGUCUGCCCAUGAACAACCACGGGAACUACAUCGUGCGUCUGGGGAACCUGGUGCGCUGGCUGGGGGAGCAGGCGGAGGAGCUGGGGGUGGAGCUGUACCCGGGCUACGCCGCCGCAGAGGUUCUGUUCCAUGAAGACGGGAGCGUUAAAGGCAUCGCCACCAACGACGUGGGAAUCGCUAAGGACGGCUCUCCUAAGGACACCUUUGAGCGGGGCAUGGAGCUGCACGCCCAGGUCACUCUGUUCGGGGAGGGCUGCCACGGCCAUCUGGCCAAGCAGCUCUACCGGCACUUCAACCUGAGGCAGAACUGUGAGCCUCAGACCUACGCCAUCGGACUCAAGGAGGUGUGGGUGGUGCGUCCGGAGAAGUGGCGUCCGGGCCGGGUGGAGCACUCGGUGGGCUGGCCGCUCAACAGACACACCUACGGGGGCUCCUUUCUUUACCACCUCAACGAGGGCGAGCCGCUGGUGGCCCUAGGCUUCGUGGUGGGUCUUGACUACUCCAACCCCUACCUGAGUCCCUUCAGAGAGUUCCAGCGGUGGAAGCACCACCCGUUCGUUGCCCCCACCCUGGAGGGGGGCGAGCGCAUCGGCUACGGGGCGCGUGCCCUCAACGAGGGCGGGGUCCAGUCCAUCCCAGAGCUGACCUUCCCAGGAGGCAUCCUGAUUGGCUGCAGCCCUGGCUUCAUGAACGUCCCCAAGAUCAAAGGGACGCACACGGCCAUGAAGAGCGGCAUGCUGGCUGCCGAGGCCGUGUUUCCUCGGCUGGCCGUGCUGGAGGAGGACUCCGCCCCCUCCGCAGGUCUCCACGUCCCGGAGUACGCUGAGAGCCUGAAGGCGUCGUGGGUGUGGAAGGAGCUCCACGCGGUGAGGAACAUCCGGCCCUCCUUCCACAACUACCUGGGUCUGUACGGGGGCAUGGUCUACACCGGCAUCUUCUACUGGAUCCUGAGGGGCAAGGAACCCUGGACCCUGAAGCACUGCGGUCUGGACUCCGACCAGCUGAAGCCGGCCAAGGAGUGCACCCCCAUCGAGUACCCCCGGCCCGACGGCAAGCUGAGCUUCGACCUGCUGUCGUCGGUGGCCCUGAGCGGGACCAACCACGAGGGCGACCAGCCCGCCCACCUCACGCUGAGGGACGACAGCGUGCCGGUGGAGCGCAACCUGGCCAUCUACGACGGGCCCGAGCAGCGUUUCUGCCCCGCAGGCGUGUACGAGUACGUCCCCACUGACGACGGCGCCGGGAUGCGGCUGCAGAUCAACGCCCAGAACUGCGUCCACUGCAAGACGUGCGACAUCAAGGACCCCAGCCAGAACAUCAACUGGGUGGUGCCGGAGGGCAGCGGAGGCCCCGCCUACAACGGGAUGUGAACCUUUUGAUUGGUCGAUGCUAACCGUGCCUACACAUGACCCCUGAGGAGGUGGAUUGGAGCCUCAGCAGGACUGUAAUAUAUUGCGUUGUUAAGAACAUUAAAGCGGAAUGAGGCUGAUGGUUUAUUUCACGAGUCCCUUUGGCGCGGAGAACACGUCAGUGAACUCAUGUAGAAAACAAUACAGUAGGGGAGGGCUGAACACCACAGGAAUAAAUUAAGCACCGCAGGUACACACCAGGUCAGACUCCUCCACAGGUGAAGAGGUUAACUUCCUCUCCACAAAGAUGAAGGGGUGAAGUUCAGACACCUCCACGCAGUUGAAGGGGUGAGAGGUUCAUGCAAACAUCUUGGCAUAGAUCUUCUUCUCCUUCUCCUUCUCUUCCUUCACGCUGAUCUGGACUCUCUUCAUCUCGCCCGCGAUCGCUGCAAAACACAAAGGAGGCGUUUCAUUGGUUGCUCAAUCCCUGCAUCGGCCAAUUACGGCGCUCCACUUUUUCACAGGAAGUUUUCAGAGUAUAAACCGAUUCAGCAUUGUACCUUCCACAAGCGCCUAUUCUGAGUGGGGUUCUCUUACGGUGACAGUAAUGUAUGGUUGGUUCCACUUACUGUCUACCUUUUAUUUUUUUCAGUACUAGUUCAUUUAUAAUCAAUAAUUAUAAUGAGUCAUGUUAUGGUAUCGGAUCGGCACCUAGACUUGUGUACUCGCCGAUACCCUAUAUGGCAUUUUAGGCGGAUUAAGAGGCAUAUCCGAAACUGGUAUCGGUACCAGAUCCACUCUAGUUUAGACUUCCUUUUGGAGUCCAUGUAAAGAUUUUAGGUUAACUUGUGAUAUGAAACAAUUUCUGCAUUAAAAUAUCUCAAAUGUU